UUUCCGCACAUGGUUCCACUUCCUGUCUAGUUUCGGCGAAAGCAUCCCUACGGUUCCGCCUAGGAAAAUGCUGAGCUUGAGUGGUUGCUUCCGCUCAUGUUCCUACAUAAACAAGAGCGAUCAGCAAGCUCCCACAGAUUGAGCAGCUCCAGGUCGUACUGUGUAAACCGAGAGGCCAAUAGUGCGUAUACUAGCAGGAUCGAGAUGUCUCUGUUUGCUGUGCUUCUUCUGUUUGCAUUUACGUGUGUCAGUGACUCUGGACCCGUUCCAGCUCCAGCUUCAAAUGGCGUUACUGGAGUCGUGGCUGGUCCGUUUGACUCACAUUGUCGAAUCAGAGUGUGUGGACGAUCCAAGUUGUGUGUCAUCGAUGGUCAAGGACGCGAGUUCUGUGUCUGCAAAACUUGUCCUGUGACUUCGUCUAGGAAAAGCAAGCCAGUUUGUGGUACAGACGGGCAGACCUACCCGAGCAAGUGUGCUCUGAGGUACCAACGUUGCUCUACCAGAAGUAAGACACUAAAACAAGCACACAAGGGCGAAUGCCUUGUUUCGAAAGUGACCGAUUUUUCUGAGAAGGAUUGCUCUGCUAAAGAAAAGAGUAGCUUUACUGCAUACUUUAUGGAUCGACUACUGGAUGAAAUGCAACUUAUGGAAACAGGAAGGAUUUCAAGCACUGUGUCGGGGAAAUUUGGUCUUCUCUCGAAAAUUCAACAGAAUGCUGUCAUCAACUGGCAAUUUGCUGCAGCGGAUCAGAAUCCCAAAGACGAAUACUUGAGCCCUCAUGAGACCAACAGGUUGUAUUCAUUGGUGCCCGACAAGAAGGCAUGCUUGAUUGAUCUUCUUUCGUCGUGUGAUAUCGACAACAAUGGGCGACACAGCAGAGCAGAGUUGAGAUUUUGUCUUCUUCAAGAGCACUGAAUGUGAUGAGCAGGACGAGGUUCUGAAAAUAUUUUAGGAUAUAAGGACCACAUGUUUAUGGCUGAGACUAGAAACUAUGGACAUCGAUAAUAACUCCAUGCAUCAUGUAAUUGGCAUUUCGGUGCCUUUUUUACAUACAUCUAGAAUUCCUACAGACAAGAGCGGCUUUUAAGUUUUGUAAGUCUACGUUGCGUAUUGAAGCGGCAUAUGUACAUAAUCAAUAGAUGGUACGGUAAAUCGA